AGCUUGGCCUGCCAGCCAAAUGUAUGGGCUUAGUAAGCUUUCCACAACGAUUCAAAUGGAACGAUAUACGCGGUGCUAAAGCUUUCCGGAAUUCAAAAAAUUUCUUUCAGAUGCCUCGUCCAGUGACUUUGACGGACGCCGAUGAUAUUCCUCAUUAGGCAACAUCGCAAGGAUCACUGCAGUCAGUGGAGUCCACAGUGAUGAUCUGGGCAAACAACUUUAUCCUUCGCAUCUUCCAUGUUAUCUGAAGCGUUCGUUCUUCUCAACAUUCCCGACGUCACACUGACGACUUCGGGAAAUCCGCAGUCUGGAGUGCUUGCAUUGGAAUGCGUUACCGCACAGGCGGGCGAUGUGCACCACGCCGAAGUCUACCUUGUGAUUCGACUCGGCUCAUUUGAAUGUCCCAUCGAUCCAACACGGCCUAUAUACUUCUCAUUUGAUGCCCAGCUGGGACAUAGGUCAUACACACUUUCUAGUCCUGAUGGGAGCACGUUGAGACUUGACCUACCCCUUUCUAAUGUACCUCACCUAUUGGAGGAUCAAGACACGCUUCAUGGGAUAUUAGCACAAUACGCGGAAAUGCGCGAAUUUACUACUGGCAACAAGGACUCCAAAGCCGCUGCCGCUGCUCAAGCUCCAGUUGUUUCACCUCAGGGGUUGUCCGGUGAUCACGAAGCUAUGCGGGGCCGCCUUGUCCUGAUCGAUGAGGAUAACGGAGAGAUUGUUGGAGAGCUUGACAACGAAGUGAAGAUUGAUGAAGAUCCUUCUCUCUGCGUUCAGGGUAGAGAAAAUGACCCAGUUAUGAUAGAACUUCCAGAGGAUGAUACCCACGUAGCUCUCGUUCGUGCAAUGCCUCCAGAAGAUCAAGACUGGAUAAUCAAGUCAGCUUCAUUGGCCAGCAACGUUAUCACCGGUACCACCAAGUUAUUACUCACUACGAUGACACACGCAUCAUCAUACUACAUCAAUCACUCAACACCUCACGCGUCAGUAGGGCCAUCAUCCUCGGGCUCUGCAGCUAACCCGUUGCCACCACCUCCUCGUGCUCUCGUCUUCCUGACAUCCGACAAUGCCCGUAAGGGUUUAUCCGCUGUCCAUACAAUGAGCGCACAGGCUGCGACUGUGAGCACGAAGACCGUAUCCCUUGUAGAUAGUAUGAUCAAACGUGCGAUCGGCACAAAGAAGGCCCAGCAGCCUCAGGCCCCGCACGAUGGAAGUCCUUCCCGUUCUCCUAGGUCCCACUCUCCACAACCUCCUCCGUAUUCAAGAGGAGCUUUCCAGGCUUCUCAUCAAUCUUCGAGCACAUAUUUAGCACCAGAACCAUCUAAAUUUACACCACCCCGAUCACCUUCGCCCUCUGUUUUCCCAUCGCCAUAUCCCUCCGACAAGAAGCCGCCUUUACCACCGCGACAGUCAGGCAGAUCUCCAUCUCCGCGACCGGGUAGUGCUCCUCCCUCUUCUCCGCGGCCCCCUUUGAAGCUGCACCAUCGUCUUCUUCUCUCUGCGGACCUGAUACUAUCUAGCCUGGAUUCUUCGAUGAAGCAGUUUGUUGACGUGGGAGGUCAAAACUUUGGUCGAGCCGUCGAGCACAAGUACGGUGCAGAAGCUGCACGCAGCGCUGGUUUGAUCACAGGCGUGACGAAGAAUAUUGUUGCAGUUUACAUAGAUAUGAGAGGUAUCGGGAGACGAGCGAUCGUCAAACGUGCUGGCAAGGAGUUUGUGAGGGCAAGGAUGGGUCACCGGACUCAGUUGGGUCCCUGAGCAAUGUUCUCCGUCGCACUUUCUGAUUGUAUUCCUUUGGGGUCCAAGCUUAAGACCUGCCAGUCAAACAAGAGUGAUUACUCGUUAUUGUCAGAGAAAUAUAUAUGCACCUGGAGCAUAUUCGAAUG